CUCUGCCCCGUCCCCGCUGAGCGCAGAUCGCUGCAUUGGCGCUCCAUCCCCGCUAGAAAGAGAGCGGGCAGGAGCAGGAACCCGAGAUUCGCUGGCACGAUGCUGCACUUCAGCCGCUACCGAUAGCAGAUCGUGGUGUGCGCAGCCGGGCUUGGAACGGGAUUUUAAAGAAGAGAGAGAGGAGGGGGGAAAAAAACAACAAGAAACAAACCGCCAGGCGCGACGGAGGACGGCUUUUAAUCCGAAGGAGGGGGGAGCCGGGCUGUGCCCCUCGGCGGGGCAGCGGGGCGGCUCUGCGCGGGCGCGGCCGCUGGGGGGGGUCCCCUUCGCCCGCCUCCCCCCGCUCCCCGCCGCCACUCGGCGGCUCCGCCGAGCAGCACCGCGGCUCCGGCUGCCGGGGCCGCCGCCGCUGCCGCCCGAGCUCCGAUGCGGGGGAGAGCGGAGGGGAGGCAGCGGCACGGCGGCGGCGGGGAAGGUGGGCGGUGAACUCGCUCGGUCCGAGGAAGGAUGACCGGCUUCGCCGCGAUCGUCUUUCUCCUGCGGCUUUUGCGCGAGGCGGACGGACAGGCUUUCCCAGGUGGUUGUUCCUUUGAUGAGCACUACAGUAAUUGUGGUUAUAGUGUGGCCUUGGGAACCAAUGGAUUUACCUGGGAGCAGAUCAAUACCUGGGAAAAGCCAACGAUGGAUCCUGCAGUCCCAACUGGCUCCUUCAUGAUGGUGAACAGCUCUGGACGGGCAUCUGGGCAGAAAGCUCACUUGCUUUUGCCCACGUUGAAGGAAAAUGACACACACUGCAUCGACUUCCAUUAUUACUUAUCCAGCAGAGAUCGCUCGAGUCCUGGCUCUCUGAACGUCUACGUGAAAGUGAAUGGAGGACCACAGGGCAAUCCCAUAUGGAAUGUCUCAGGGGUUGUUACAGAAGGAUGGGUGAAAGCAGAACUUGCCAUCAGUACGUUCUGGCCACAUUUUUAUCAGGUGAUAUUUGAAUCUGUCUCUGUGAAAGGACAUCCAGGGUACAUAGCUGUGGAUGAAGUCAGAGUUCUUGCCCAUCCAUGCAGAAAAGCACCUCAUUUCUUACGGCUUCAGAAUGUGGAGGUUAAUGUGGGACAGAACGCAACUUUCCAGUGCAUUGCUGGGGGAAAGUGGUCCCAGCAUGACAAACUCUGGCUCCAGCAGUGGAAUGGGAGGGACACAGCAUUAAUGGUCACUCGAGUCGUCAACCACAGGCGUUUCUCUGCUACGGUCAGCGUUGCUGACACCUCGCAGCGCAGCAUCAGCAAAUACCGCUGUGUCAUUCGUUCAGAUGGUGGAUCUGGAGUUUCCAAUUAUGCAGAAUUAAUAGUGAAAGAACCCCCAACUCCUAUUGCCCCUCCUGAGCUGCUGGCUGUUGGAGCCACCUACCUGUGGAUCAAACCCAACGCCAACUCCAUCAUUGGAGACGGGCCCAUCAUACUGAAAGAGGUGGAGUAUCGGACAACCACUGGGAACUGGGCAGAAACACACAUUGUGGACUCUCCCAAUUACAAACUGUGGCAUCUGGACCCAGAUGUGGAGUAUGAGAUCAGAGUGCUGCUGACUCGCCCUGGAGAAGGAGGCACAGGACCACCUGGACCGCCACUCACAACAAGGACAAAAUGUGCAGAUCCUGUUCAUGGACCACAGAACGUAGAAGUUGUUGAUAUCCGUUCCCGGCAGCUGACAUUGCAGUGGGAGCCCUUUGGUUACGCGGUGACCCGCUGCCACAGCUACAAUCUCACAGUCCAGUACCAGUAUGUCUUUAACCAGCAAAAAUUUGAGGCAGAGGAACUCAUCCAAACAUCUUCCCACUACACCUUGCGAGGUCUUCGGCCGUUCAUGACCAUCAGGCUGAGACUGGCCCUUUCUAAUCCAGAAGGCAAAAUGGAGAGUGAGGAGCUGGUUGUGCAGACUGAGGAGGAUGUUCCUGGACCUGUUCCCUUGGAAUCCAUCCAGGGAGGACCUUUUGAAGAGAAGAUCUAUGUUCAGUGGAAGCCUCCAAAUGAGACAAAUGGCAUCAUUACACUUUAUGAGAUUACUUACAAGGCCGUUGGGUCUCUGGAUCCCAGUGCUGACCUGUCCAGCCAAAGAGGGAAGGUCUUCAAACUAAGGAAUGAAACACAUCACCUCUUUGUAGGAUUAUACCCAGGGACAACGUAUUCAUUCACCAUCAAAGCCAGCACAGUGAAGGGCUUUGGGCCACCCAUCACAACACGGAUUGCAACUAAGAUUUCAGCACCAUCGAUGCCGGAGUACGACACGGACUCGCCCUUGAAUGAGACAGACACCACCAUCACUGUCAUGCUGAAGCCUGCUCAGUCCCGGGGAGCCCCUGUCAGUGUCUAUCAACUCGUUGUCAAGGAGGAGAAGCUGCAGAAAGCUCGCAGAGCUGCAGACAUCAUUGAAUGCUUCUCCAUCCCAGUGAGCUACAAGAACGCCUCCAGCCUUGACUCACCUCACUACUUUGCAGCCGAGCUGAAGCCCAUCAACCUGCCCGUCACACAGCCCUUCACCGUGGGCGACAACAAGACCUACAAUGGCUACUGGAAUGCUCCUCUUUCUCCCCUGAAAAGCUACAGCAUAUACUUUCAGGCUCUUAGCAAGGCAAACGGCGAAACAAAAAUCAACUGCGUCCGGCUGGCAACUAAAGUGCUGGGUAGGCAACAGGCGACCACACGAAACCCACCCGGCCUCCUGAGCACAGGAGCUUCCACCCAGAAUUCCAAUGCAGUGGAGCCAGAAAAGCAAGUUGACAGCACAGUGAAAAUGGCUGGAGUUAUAGCUGGGCUUCUGAUGUUUGUUAUUAUUCUCUUAGGAGCAAUGCUUACCAUCAAGAGAAGGAUAUUUUGUUCGUCUGGCUGGCUGUCCAUAUUUAGAAGAAAUGCAUACUCCUACUCCUAUUACUUGCAUUCAAGCCAAUGUUUUAGGGGCCUCUCUGUCUUCUACAGGACCAGGAAGCUAGCCAAGAAGCAGAAGGAGACUCAGACCAGCACACAGAGAGAGAUGGGUCCCGUGGCCGCUUCAGACAAGGCCUCUACCAAACUCAGUGCUGUUCACAAUGAAGAAGCUUUCUCUUCCAGCUGCCAAGAUGUUAAUGGAUUCACAUCACCCUCUCCUUGUUCAUUUUCUGUCCAAAGCAAAACCCUUCAGAGCAAAUCUUUGUUGAAUUCCUACUACUCAGUAUCAUCAGACACAGUUCCAUCGACCACACUGUUAGACAGUAGCCAUGGAGAGAUGACUCAGCCAACCUUGACUAUCCAGACCCACCCGUAUCGGAGCUGCGAGCCAGUGGAAAUGUCCUACCCACGGGGGCAGUUCCAGCCAGCCAUCCGAGUGGCCGACCUGCUGCAGCACAUCACCCAGAUGAAACGUGGACAGGGCUAUGGAUUUAAAGAGGAAUAUGAGGCAUUACCUGAGGGGCAGACGGCAUCCUGGGAUACAGCCAAGGAAGAUGAAAAUCGCAAUAAGAAUAGAUAUGGAAACAUAAUCUCCUAUGAUCAUUCAAGAGUGAGAUUGCAGCUGCUGGAUGGGGACCCUCACUCUGACUACAUCAACGCCAAUUACAUAGACGGGUACCACCGGCCUCGUCAUUACAUUGCAACUCAAGGGCCGAUGCAAGAGACAGUGAAGGAUUUCUGGAGAAUGAUUUGGCAAGAAAACUCUGCAAGCGUUGUCAUGGUCACCAACUUGGUGGAAGUGGGCAGGGUGAAGUGUGUUCGGUACUGGCCAGAUGACACAGAGGUCUAUGGGGACAUUAAAGUCACAUUAAUUGAGACAGAACCACUGGCAGAGUAUGUCAUACGCACAUUUACUGUACAAAAGAAAGGCUACCAUGAGAUCCGAGAGAUUCGGCAGUUCCACUUCACCAGCUGGCCAGACCACGGGGUUCCUUGCUAUGCCACGGGCCUCCUGGGCUUUGUUCGGCAAGUAAAGUUCCUCAACCCCCCAGAGGCAGGACCCAUCGUUGUGCACUGCAGUGCUGGGGCUGGGAGAACAGGGUGCUUCAUUGCCAUUGACAUCAUGCUUGACAUGGCAGAGAACGAAGGUGUGGUUGAUAUAUUUAACUGCGUGCGAGAGCUGCGCUCCCAGAGGGUCAAUUUGGUGCAGACAGAGGAACAGUAUGUGUUUGUCCAUGAUGCCAUUUUGGAGGCGUGUCUCUGCGGCAACACGGCCAUUCCAGUUUGUGAGUUCAGAUCCAUAUAUUACAACAUCAGCAGGAUAGAUCCACAGACCAAUUCCAGCCAGAUAAAAGAUGAGUUUCAGACUCUCAAUAUUGUGACACCGCGGGUUCGGCCAGAGGACUGCAGCAUCGGCCUUUUGCCGAGGAACCAUGACAAGAACCGCUGCAUGGAUGUGCUGCCCUUGGACCGGAGCCUGCCCUUCCUCAUCUCUGUGGAUGGCGAAUCCAGUAACUACAUCAAUGCUGCGCUCAUGGAUAGCCACAAGCAACCUGCUGCCUUUAUUGUAACCCAGCACCCUUUGCCCAACACCGUAGCAGACUUCUGGAGGCUGGUGUUUGAUUAUAACUGCUCCUCCGUAGUGAUGCUGAAUGAGAUGGAUGCUGCACAGCUCUGUGUGCAGUACUGGCCAGAGAAGACGUCCUGUUGCUAUGGCCCAAUUCAAGUAGAGUUUGUUUCAGCAGACAUCGAUGAAGACAUCAUCAACCGGAUAUUCCGGAUCUGCAACAUGGCCAGGCCCCAGGAUGGCUAUCGCAUCGUUCAGCACCUGCAGUACAUUGGCUGGCCAGCAUACCGGGACACCCCUCCAUCCAAACGCUCACUGCUGAAGGUGGUCAGGAGGCUGGAGAAGUGGCAGGAGCAGUACGAUGGGAGGGACGGCCGCACUGUGGUCCACUGCCUGAACGGUGGGGGACGAAGUGGCACCUUCUGUGCCAUCUGCAGUGUGUGUGAAAUGAUUCAACAGCAAAAUAUCAUUGACGUGUUCCACAUAGUGAAAACGUUACGGAAUAACAAGUCCAACAUGGUGGAGUCACUGGAACAGUAUAAAUUUGUAUAUGAGGUUGCACUGGAAUACUUGAGCUCCUUUUAGCCCAGCAGAGAGAGGGGAGCCUCCGACAUGGCAGACCCCGACCCCUGGCAGAUGCUUCUCCCCUGUCCCACACUAGAAGGAGGUAACAAGUGUGGGAAGGAAAACCUCUCCUUCUUGGAGAAAGAGACUGAGACUGGACGGACCAGCUGGAAGGAGGAGAUGAUGCCUGUAUUUGCUGCUGCCUGCUUUCUAUUGGAGCAUCUACCGCUUCUUAAAUAACCUACUGUAAAAAUAAGAGAAAUGGGAGACAGGCUGAAGGACUGGACUUUCUAAUCCCCUCUGACUUCUCUCCUCUUUAGGAUCGUAUUUUUGCUGUCCUUGCUGAAGAGUGGGGAAAAAAUGAAACCUUUAGAAAAUUCUCUUCUAAAUGUCUCCUUUUUAAGUUAUUAUUUUGUUCUCAAAUCCCAGUCUUUAAUUUUUGAAUUUCAUGCAGCAGUCAUUUGGGAAAAGUGAGAUAGCCAUAGGGAAUUUAUGAAAUGUUUCAUUACGAUUUGCCUAUCUUAUCUGUCUUUGUUUUAUCUUCCAAAUGAAAAGGCCAACACCAAAAAACACUGAAUAUCUUUCCGCAUCUGGUUCCUUUUAGCAUGAAGAUGGUGGAGAUGAGGAGUUAGUUGUUCAUGGAUUUGCAUCUUGGCUUCUCCACAUUUCCCCCCAGUUUCUCCCAAGGCUGUGCAUGAACUGGUUACAUCUGUCUGGUCCAUGUUAGUUUCAGUGCUGGUGAAGCAAUAUUAAUGAGUUUCCCAGCCACUUAAACCCUGAAGUUAAAUAUUUGCAUCAAACAAAUUGCAUUUGUCUUGCAACUUUGGUAACGAUGUUACCAUAUUUUUCAAGUAUUUGCUGGGGUGCAGUGUGUCUUUGAAAAACAGGGUAUAAAGUAGGUAUUAUUGAUCAUAUACUAUGUAUUAUUAUUUUUUAAUUUAUUAUUUGUAUUGCUGUAGAACUUAGGACCCCUAGUCCUGACAGGUCCCUGCUGAACUAGGCUAGGCACUGUGCAAAUGAAGAACAAAGAAGGUUCCUGCUCAAGAGCUUUGAAUCUGAAGGUAAUCUUAAAAUUGAGUUUGAUCAGGUUUUCCUCGCUGUUCCCAAACUGUUGUACAGUCAGACAUAAUUGAGUGAUUUAUUCAGAUUUCCAUCCCCUGCAAAUUUAAAAUGGUAACACAUCCGAGCUGCAGGAAGGGUGAUGGACAUACAAAGAGACCUGCUCUGGCACCUGCUAAGAAAAGGCUUCAGCUAGCACAGCAACUUUCCAUCUUAAGCAAAAAGGCUUUUCUUUUGUUCUGCAGAAACCCCUGUGCAACUCUUCUUCAUUGCAACAAACAUCAGAAGGGUUUUGCCAUGGUUCUGGAUCUUGCUCUGACUUCUUAGAAGCUAAGAAAUUGUUUUUCUGAAAGAGUUUGUUUUAGGAGCUAAUCACUUAGGUCUACAGGAUAAUCUCUGUGAUUACUCUUAAAGGAACAAAGGAUUUAUGACAUUCAGUAUUUCAAUUUAGCCAUUUAUUUAUUCUCAGAGUGCAGGGAUCCGAGAUAGUUCAGCGUGUAAAUUAGAUUCUUAGUGAUGUAUGUUUCUUCAAACAUAGACUUGCUUAAAGCUAGACAGGUAAGGGAAGAGUUUAAGGACAUUCCACUUUCUUACCAUUUCAUAGUAUUCCACCCUCUGAUAAGUGCUCAGAAACUGCUGGGAGCUCAGUUGUGUCAAUGCCUCGCAGAGAGAGCACCAGAAGCUUAAAAAAAUUUACCAAUUCCAUAUAUAAAUUCAAAAGGCACCUCUGCUUCAUGGUCAUUCUUUGCUUGAUAAUUAUAUCUUUGUCUUGACAAUUAAAUCUGAUUGGAACCCUUAUUGACUCAGAUAUAGCAGUACCUAACAAAAAAGUCAUCAUCUCUGUCAGGACCUGCAGCAGUCUAAGAAACAAGGCUCACUAUUUGGAAAUGGAAUCUUUCCUGCUGAGCAGAUGAGAGAUUUGCAUAGGAUGCUGAACCACCGAGCUCUUGUUCUUUCCAAGAAGCUUUGGAUUCUUGGCUUCUUCCAAGUGAAUACCUUGAAGGUCUCAGGCAGUUGUGCCACAAAAGCGUCAGUGGGAACCCCCUUACAGGUGCCUCUGCUGUGUGUCAGGUAGGGCCCUACUUUCUGCAAGAAAUCACUAAAUCAACACUGGGUUACACUGGGGCAGCAGGUGAAUGUCUGCUGUUUCACAAAAUAAACUAGUUGUUCUAUUUUUUUUUUCUGUUGCUGCUAAGCUGCAGAAACAACUCUGCUGUAGAAUAAAAGGCAAAGCAAAAUUAUGACAUCUGAGAAGGAAAGGAUAAUAUUACUAUUUGAAUUACAGGUGGUUUGCUUGGGGGCCGUUUGCAAAGAAGAGGAAAGAGGGAAUCCUGGUCCCAGGAUAGGAUUUUGCAAUUGCCAAGGUGAGAAGAAGCUACCAGCAAAAUGUUUGUGACUUCACUAACUCCAGAAAGCCAGAGGGAAUAACUCCCUAUGGAUGCUAUGGAAAUAAUAAUUAGUAUUUAGCAUUCUGUUAAUUUUACAUGGAAACUAGCAUACCCAUAGGACCCUUUCAGGAGUUACUGAAAGUCUAGUUCAGGCACUGAAGUUAAUGGCCUGGGUAAAAGGAAUAGAGAGGUAUAAUGAAUGGCAAUGUAACCAAGAAAUGAAUGGUAGAAGGUAGGUUCAGGCUAAGCAGUAGCGUGGAGGAAAGUGGAUUACAAAGGCAGCAGUCAGCCUAUGGGAGGGAUGUAUACAUGGAGAGAAGCAGGUGUUGGAUGAGCCAGGCAGAAGAGCUCUUGCAGUGAAGUUGUUUAAGGUCCUGAGGUAGGUUUAAAUGUAUUUUCAUGGUAUGAGGCAUGCUAGUACAGGGUCAGGUGCAAGCAUCAGCUGGCUCGCAGUAACGCACCACAUGCUUUUAGCCCUCUGCAAAUGCAGAGUGAUAGCAUAGAUUUAAGUGAAGGGUCUUUAAGCUACAUUUUACCUUAUAUUUGCAAGGAACAAGUUCAGUGCAAAUCAUGGUGGUUCAUACAGCCCCACUGUUAGCCACAACUGACUGUGUGCCAGCUCAGGUCUGUGUUUCAGCUUUCUGGUGAUGUUCAGCCUACAGCCAGUGUGGAAGGGUGCAACCACUAUGUGUGAUGUUGGUUGUGGUCCAAACUGUUCCAUCAUCACACACAGGUACACUGAUUUUUGGGAGCCCAGCUCCGGUCUGUAUUGGCUCAGGCAUCUUUGCAGUGUUCUUUGCUGCACAAUGCUUAUAUGUUGAAUAUGAAUUAAUGAUAAAGGGAAAGAGAAAAGAACUUGCUGUAAAUAACUUUCUUACCUUGAGGUUGUUUAAACUGUGGAGAGGAGCCUGUAGCAACAUAGGUGAUGUGCUUGAAGCAAGAUUGUGGAUGUUGGGUCUGUUUUCUCUGAGAAAGAGAGAAAUUUUGAGAUAACAAAGGAGGCUUUCUCACUCUUGAAAAGAUUGACAACCAGGACAAGCUUUCCAACCUAAGUAUUGCCUGCUGCAGUUGGGGAGUAAUAAUGUAAGGCAGAAAAGGGGAGUUCCUCAAUGACUGAGUUUUAGGCUGUGUAAAUAUGAUAAUGACAGUAUUUGAAUAGUCCUAAUGAAAACACUUGUUCCCAUUUUGACAUCCUUCAGGAUUGGGUGAGAACUGUUUGUUGAUAAUAUAGUAUUGGUCUGAAGUGUAAUCUGAAAUUCAGAAAACUAGAAAUAAGAAGAGUAAGGGUACAGGGACUAUGCCAUACACAGGGCCUGGAACAUCUUAAGUUAUUAAGAGGUGUAACUGAAACAAAGAAUUGCAGAUCUACCUAGGCCAGAUGCUGGAGAAGGAGGAACCUGAGCUGUCAGCAGGAAAGAGAUAGAGAAAAAUCUCUACAAGGUAGAGAAGGUCUUUACAAUCUGUUGGUUUUUGGGGUUGUUUUUUUUUUUGGAUUUUUAAUUUUUUUUUUUAAUCUGUGAAAACUGCAUCCUUUGCUGCCAUCUUUUGUUAUUUUUUCCCCCCAGGGGAAAGAAUAAAUUUUCUUUGUAAAGAAAAGUGUAGUUGACCUUCUGUAGAUGGACUUGAGGCACUUGUUUAUUAAUGUGAAGGAAACAGACUGGAGUUGGUAGUACAAUGUCAGUGUGAAGGUAGGGACUACUUGUGGCAAACAAGCAGAUGGGAACUGGUGGUUUUAUUUAGUAAACUGAAGUAACUGAUGUUCUCUGAUCAGGGAAGUAGGAGACAUUUCAGUUCAUGAUUGAAAUUCAUUAGCAAAGUUGCAUGGAAUACUGCCAUGCUUAGUUAGCUUCAACUAGUUUUAUUAGUGCACUGGUUGAUCCCCCUUGGUUUAUUUGCAUUAGUGCCACUUAAGUGAGCUAGAGUUGUCCAUGUUGGUCCACAGACACCAGGUAAUUAGCAGUGAAAGAUUUUUCCGUGCACAGAAAACCCUCCUGUCACCUUUUGCACCAAAUCAAGCCACAGUUCUGCAUCCCAUCUCUCCCAUUCAGCCCCUGUCCACAUGGUGCCCAUAUUUUAAGAAUGCCCAGGGAACUCCCAGAAAGUUGGCAGAUAUCAUGGGCAAUGUCUGUGAGCCCUGAGUGGUCUGGUCCGUGCACUCUGUAGGGCAGAGGUGGGAAUCACAGAGCGUAGCUUUUGCCUAGGGAAACACAUAUUUGUGUGUCAGUAGUUUCCUACCUUUUAUUCUGGAUCUGUAAGCUCCCUGUGAAAACGUCCAGUGGCAACGCAAGACCCCACAGCAGUAGUUUUAAGUCUGCAGAUGGUAGCGUUGUUUUUCCAUGUAGUUUGCAUGGGUCCUUGAGGAGUAGUUGGUGGGAUUUCCCCUGGGAAUCUCAAGCCAGGCACUGUGGAUGUGCUGCUCUUGGUGUCCCUUGGUCAGAGGAAGGAGAGAGGCUCCCAUCUGCUGCAGUUGUUCUGAAGGCAGCUGUCUGGAAGAGAAGGAGAGGAUAAAGAGAAAAGCAAACAGUGGAGGAGGAUUAAAUGGUGUCCUGAAACAGGUGAGAAACUUCCACUUUGUUCUGUCUCUUAUUCUUGCAGGGAUAUACUUAUGUCUUUCCUACUCUUCAGAGUUUGUGCCAGGAUCAUAAAAAAACAGGCAGUAACACCUUCCACUCUGCAGAACUCUCUAGAGAGGGAGCAGGCAGUGUAACAGAGGGAAUAAAUCCCGAGGGACAAAGAUAAAAGAUUUCUUUCAGAGGAACCUUCAAAUCUGCGGUGCCUCUGUCACACUGCCAGAAAUCUUUGCAAGUCAGCAUGGAGCAUUGCACAGUUCUGGCAUAUUCCUCCAUUGCAAUUCAGUGCAAAUGUUGCAAUGUUUUCCACAUCCUGUAAUAAAUUUGAACGAUGUCUCAUUGGUAGCGCAGUUCACUUUUAGUCAUUGCAAAGGGCGUCUCAAGAACUUGGUUUGAUUCUGCUGUAUUCUAAUUUGAGGUACAAAGUUCACUCCAGCUUGUUAGGAACACGAAUGGGACCUUGUGUUGAAAGUGCUUCAGGAUGAUCUCUGCUUGUGAGUGUGAAGCUCCUCCUUGAAGUAUACCUCCUUGAAGACCAGAAAGUGAUAGAACAGAAUACUGCACCUUCCCUGCACAGACCUUUCCAGGAGCAGAAACUGAGAGAGCCAGCUAAUUAAGGUUUGGUAUACAGAAGAGAGUAAUGAGGAUUCUGUUAACCCUCCUACAUUCAUACCUAUUUAGAUUGCAGUCUUCUAUAGCCAUACAUACAUGCUAUACAAUUUAAAUGCAAGUGCCCUUCCUUUCCCUGUUCCCCAGUUCCCUGUAGCUCUUCCUCCAUUGAGGGCCAUCCAACAGCAUAGAAGCAAAGCACACUUUCUGCAGUUUUGGCAAGGGAUGCUAGGGAAAUGUAUCAUGUAGUAUGUGUUUAUUGACUUGGACAAAUAUCAGUCAUCUUCCUCAUCAUAGAAAUACCUGAAGGAUGUGCAGCUGAGUGUAGCAGUUGAGCACAUUCAUGCAUUUUCAUACACCAAGGCCAAAUCCUGGCGGUUCUGAGUUUGAUGGAGAGACAAAAAAACUCACUGACUUCCAGUGGUCUCAACUCUGUAAUCUUUAUUUUCUGUGUUAAAAGAUUUUUAAAGUCUCCCUUAUAAACAAUACAUGGCAUUCAGUAUCUACAGCUUCACAUCGGAUUUGUGAAAACCUGGCAGCUUCUUCCAAAACAAGAAAAAUCUUUCCAUCCUUGUCCCAGUGCAUUUGGCAGGUUGUUCACCCUUAUUCUCUGGUUUCAACCCACACCUUAAGAAACAGAAUUAUGCAGCAGAUUGAAUGAGAGAUGCAGUGUUUCCGUAGUAUUUCUUUGCAGAGGGAAAAAAAAAAAAAAAAAGGAAAAAAAAGGAUAAACAUGUUUUUCCUGCAAACCAGUUCAGUGUGAGCGGAUGCAUGGCCAUGAGCCAGUUCACGCAGUUGGCAAUGAGGUUUGCUGCUUGUUGUGAUGUGGUAUAUGCCAUAGGUGUAACCUUUGGGAUCAGUCCUGGUCUGUUCUGUACAGGUUUCCAAUGGAAUAGGGGUCACUGGAAGCAGUUACUGCAGGUGAUGGUAUUUCAGCGAAGGUUUUGUAAGGGAGAUCUGUUAACCUGGAACACAACUGUUUGGGGGACUUGGUGAGGUGCUUGAGCAGGUGGCUCUGUGGAGGUGUAUGUCCUUCUGUGAGCACUUCAUCCUUCACUGGGCACCUCCAGGAAAUCGUGCUAGUGUGCAGUUAUGAAGGAAUGCAUUUGCAGGGGUGUUUUUGGGUGCAUGGCCGGCGCUUCACAAGCUUCAAUGAGUUUAGCUAUUUGGAAAGCCUCUCCAGGGCACCUGAUGGUUCUUGGCAUUGCUGAACUAGCUCUAACACUUCCCAUGCAGGACUUCCAUGUACAUGGAACAGAACUGGCAUGACCCUCCUCACCUCUGCAGUCUGUUCUUAAGUCUCCCGCACUCCUGCUGCAUUUCAGUGCAAAAGCUGCAGCUAUGCCCUUGCCACAUUUAACUCGUACUGACUGAACACACUGACAGAAUUCACUCCCAUGUUGAUUUCAUCUCCUUCCCCCUGUGCCAAUCCUGCUGAAAUUGAAAUGCUGUAGCACCACUUGUUACCAGAGCUGUUACUCCUGCAGUCAGGAUGCUGUGGCUGCAUUGGGGUGAACAGGACCCUGCCCAGCACCCCACACGUGCUGCAUCAGCGCGUCUCUGCUGUUGGAUUCUGCCCCCAUCUCCCCCUCCUUUGGCCUUUAUGGAUUACUGGUGAAACUCACUUGUACAGUUUGGAUGUUUGAUAGAUAAAGCACGUAUGAAAAAAAAAAAAAGGAAAAAAAUAUAAAUGCAGAAAUCUCAACACUGUGCAUUCAGUGUCUUUUCUUUCUAGCUUAAAAGAAGGAAGGUAAAUAAUGUCAAGUCAAUGAAUAUCAGAUAUAUUUUUUGACUGUACAUUACAGUGAAGUGUAAUCUUUUUUUUACAACUGCGAGUCCAUCUUAUUUAUUCUUGUAAAUGUUCCCAGACAAUGUUUGUAAUAUGGGCUGUGUUGCAAAUCCAUAAAAUAAAUCUGUGAUCUGAGAUUAAUGUUUUACUAAGA